AUGGAGUCUCUCCCCCUGCGAGGCACUGAAGCCUCAAUUUAUAUAAUCCCGGAGCCCGAUUUUUCCAUCGAUCCCGACGCGCCCGGUUCCGAAUGGCCGGACGUAGAGUUGCCGCCUGGGUGCUGGCAGGCCCAUGGUUGGGGAGAAGAAGAAGAAGAAGAGGAAGAGGAAGAGGAAGAGGAAGAGGAAGAAGUCAAUUUGGACGAAAUUUGGGCGGCUGCGGCCGUGAACUUCGAGGUGGCGGAGCGUCUGCCCCGUUUGUCCCUGCAGGUAGAUCGACUAUACUCCCAUUUACCCAGCUCCACCAUCAAUUGGUCAGUUGAGGGUGACUAUGUUUGUCGGGUUGAGGAGUGCCCUGAAUAUGGGACCCGCUAUAUCAAUGUGGCCGCGCUGAGGAGACAUUUGCUUAGCCAGGGGCAUCAGGAACUUGAGCAGCAUCUCGCCUCGCAGCGUUUUACAACCCCGGCCCCCGAUCCAUAA